AUGUGGCGGCGCGCCGGCCGCCGCGCGCACUGCGUCGCCAUGCUACUGCUGCCGGCUUUUGUUCUCGUCGCCACUGCCGCGGCAGCCCAGGUCGCGACACCGCCGCCAGCCAGACAACAGGCAAAUACGGCAUCGCUCACAAAAGCGAACAGGGAUGAGCGCAUCAUCAACGGCGUGGACGCGCCCGACGAGUACCUGUACAUGGCGGCCGUCUUCGCCGAUGGGGCGACCCUGUGUGGCGGCACCUUCGUCUCUCGCAGCUGGAUCCUCACCGCCGCGCAGUGCGUCGUCGGGUUCACCAUUUGGGAGGUGUGGCUGGGAGUGACGAGUCUGGCGGGAGGUGAUCCUGGUCGCAUCACCAUCGUGUCCGACAACGCCACAGCCAACCCCAGCUACAGCGGCAACAACUUCGACAUCGCCGUUAUCAACACCAUCGUCGUCGAGGCAGUCUACCUCGCGCCAGCGGACCUGCCGUUUCGCUCUGACACGCCGGCCAGCCUGAUAGGAGAGGUGGCCGUCAUGACGGGCUGGGGAGCCACUGUGGCAGGAGGGCCGACGGAGACGACUCUGAAGACCGCCAACGGCAGCUUCGCCGGGGAGUGCGGGGCUGGCUACCACGUGUGCAUCUACACGUACAACCAGGUGGACGUCACCACGGGUGACUACGGUGGCCCUCUGGUGGUGGCGGGCGUUGGAGUGGGCAGCUAUAAGGUGGUGGGCGUCGCCAUCGGCACCGAUCUCUCUGGUAACCGGUCCGUCUUCACCAACGUCUACCAGAACCUCGACUGGAUCGCCUCUGUCACCGAUCUCCCUAUCUACGACUAGCGCCACGACGGAGGCAUUUCGCAAGUACAACCACACGUUGCACUGCCCCUCUCAGAGGACAAUUCGUGUGGUGCUCUGGUACCUGCUGGGCGCACGUGUCGUAAAGCCCAUCAGCGACUCAACUGCGGAAGCCGUAUGAAUUCUGACAUCGGGUGCUGAUAGGCUCUGAACUCCACAUAAGUGCGUCGGUGCCCAAGAAGUUAAAAGGAGACUCAAAUUUCGUGCAUUCACAGCCAAACAUCUCCUCAAUGCUCUUAACGUAAAUAAUGUUCCUGUAGCGAACACAAAACGAAGAACAUCGACAGUGCCCAAAG